AGGGCAAUGCUCCAUUCAGCUAAAAUGGAUCAUGAACAGAUCAAGAAACUGACAUUCAACGGAUGGAAGGCUCAUGGCGGUUAUUGAAAAGAAGGGUGGCUACAUUCAUCACUGAAUAGCUUUGAAGGGCCAAAAUAGUUCAUUGUUAGUUCAUUGAAUAACUUCCUGAGAAAUUACAUUUUUUCUUAGUUAAACCUUCUAUUUUGUUGGGAAAGAAACAUUUAGGAUCAACUGAGACCACUGUAUUUGUUCACCAAUCAAAUUAAGCUGAGAAGUACCAUUUGCCAAGUGUUUGGUUUCUUUUUUCUUUUUACAGGCCUAGUUAAAUAAAUUGGAACAUAGAAGUACAGUAGAAACGAGAAACCGGACUGAAUGAACGUUUUUAAAACGGCUAUAGUUGUGUAUCCGUGGAUUGCAGGUGUGAAAAAGUGACAAACUGGAAUCUGACUGAAGCGAAUGUAGUUCAGUUCAGUCUGAAGUUGUAGAGGAAACAUUCACACUCGGUAAUUUAGUUUUGUAAUGCCACACAGAUCAUAAGGUCUGUUAGAAAUUAUAUAUCGGAGCUACAAACCCCACCCUGCUCCGCUGUACGAGGCGACUCAACACUGCCAUCUUGUGUUUGUGUGUAUGUGUUGCUGUGUUCAUGAGGCAGUUUUGCUUAGUUUUUUCUUUAAGGUUUAAUGUUCUAUAUUAUUGUGAGUGUGUGUUUAUGUAUUUUAGUGUGAGCUGUAGUUUUGUUUUGUAAUUUUACGUGUUUUAUUUCUUCCUCCCUGAUUUCUGCACUGCACAGUGUAUUGUUAGAAACAGGGCUUCUCUGUGUAAGAGAACAGUUGUUUUGUGUUUUUAACAGCAAGUUAUAGUGCUUAUUGUGAACCGUCAUGUGUGCAGGAGGCGGUUCAGCUGGACGGAGAGAUCCUGCAUGCGCUGUGCAGCGAGUGUGUCCUGUGGCGUAUCGGCACCUGGACAAGCACAAGAUCGAGCCGGUGCUCUACAUGAUGGAGUGGUUCAUGUGUGCCUUCUCCAGAACUCUGCCCUGGGCCUCAGUCCUCCGAGUGUGGGACAUGUUCCUGUGUGACGGAGUGAAAAUUAUAUUCCGUGUGGGCUUGGUGUUGUUGACGUCCAUGCUGGGUACUCGGGAUAAGCUCAAGGCCUGUCCGGGUCAGUAUGAGACCAUGGAGGUCCUCAGAGCGAUUGAGCCCAGAUACAUGACAGGAGGGCUUCUUAGUGCUCCAGGUAACACAACAGAGAGAAGGAGGAGGAGUAUGAUGAUGGGUCUCUCACUACGGUAACAUUUCCUGUCAUUACUGUAACUAUGCGAGUCCAUGCCAUGGUGAUCAAGCAUGUUUUAUCCAUCAUCACCUUCGUAUUUCUACAAAAUUAGCGUUCAUAAAUAUUUAUCAUCGUCUUUUACAUGACGUUGUAAUGAAGCCCAUUCUAACACAUUAAGUACAGUAGAAUGACAUUCUAUUCCAGUACGUUUUUUUGACUGUUGAUUUUUGCUGUAGGUUCUGGAGUUGCAGGUAUCGGCACAGGACGUGUGCAUUGUAGUGCGUUGUACCUGUCGUGGAAAUUAGACAACACUCACAGACUCAUCCUCUGAAGGUAAAAAGGUUUAUUACAGAAAGAUGGUUAAUACAGGAUAGAAUAAAGCAGGACAGAAUA